GUGUGAGCCACAUCUGGAAUAGUAGCCACAGAGAAAGAAAGUCGAGAGAAGCUCGCUGAUACUUUCCUUAAACUCCUCUCUUCAGCACUCCCUUUUCCAAGGAAACUUCUUUGCUUUGCCUUUUUUUUAUUUACUUGAAAAAACACCAUGCUGCUCAUCCUGCUCGGAGUGCUUCUUUUGCACCUCAUCAUCCUCAUUCUUCUCAUCGUGUCUACGGCAGCUAGCGCCUGGUCUGUAGGUGGGGAUAGGAGCACAGAUCUAUGGUACAGUUGCAUGACAACUAAUGGAGGCUACCACUGCAAGCCAGCCAGCAGUGACGACUGGAUCCAGGCAGUACAAGCCCUCAUGAUCCUCUCCCUGCUCUUCUGCUUCUUCUCCCUCAUCGCAUUCGUGUUCCAGCUCUUCAAACUGGUCAAGGGCGGACGCUUCUUCUUCACCGCCAUCUUCCAGAUCUUGGCCAGUGUGUUUGUGAUGUGCGCAGCGAUUAUCUACACUGUGAUGAGUCCAGAUGAUGGAACCGGCAGCACACAGUUCGGCUAUGCCUAUGUGCUGGCCUGGGUGGCUUUCCCUCUGUGUCUCAUCAGCGGCCUCAUUUAUAUUGUCCUGAGAAAGAAGGAAUGAGAGGAGGAGCAGAGGAGAAAAGAGGAGGGGUAGCUUGGAGACCCCUCACAACAACAUCGCACUGUGCCUACUGCCCACAGACCAUAGACUGACAUCCCAACAGCACAACAAAAGUGCAUGUGUCACUAAUGACUGUUAACACAAACUGGAGACAUUUAUCACUGCUGGGUAUUCUAUAUUUGCUGUAUUUCAGUUACUAAUUAUUCCCAUCACAUGCAGAAAAAUAUCACACCUGUUUGUUUUGUAAAUCUAAACAAAAGCUGAGUGUCACUACACCUGUUUCCAGCGGUGACAGAUUGUCUUCAAAAUGUGUUUUUAAAUGUGUUGGGGACAUAUUGACUUUUGUUGCAUGCUUGCACACACAAAUCCAUCAUGUGUGAUAAACAAAGAGGAGUGAUCCUGCCUCGCUUCAGUACAAAGAUGUACAUAGUGUCUGUGGUUUUUAGACAUAUUUAUAACAUUUUUACAUACAUUUUGUACAUAGUCUUGUCAAGUUAACAUUGUCAUGCUCAUUUUACGUGAUAGAGUUUUUUUGUCUCUCACAAAUCAUGCAGCUGUGCCAAAGAGAUGUCGCUUAAACUGCCAAAGUAUCAAGCUUUUUAAAACUGUCUUUGUUUUGUCGACUGUCCAUCACUUUGAACCCCGUGCCUUAUGUAGAAUAUCUGUCUUGAAGGAAAUGAGAAAAUCCUCAGAAAUUAAUAAAAAAUAACAAGAAGUCUUAAUCAACUCAUGAAGUUUUUUUUCUGAAUUAUCAUUGUACUUGAUAUGCCAAAUAUAAAAAAAGUGUUUUUCAUUUUGUCAUCCAUCUAGUUUUGAAAAAUGGUGCUUUUUUAUCUACUAUUCUUGAAAUGUAUAGCCUUCUUUGUGUUGCAACUGUGUGCUGUGAUUAAUUUGCUUUGUACAAACCCCAGUUUGCAUUUUUGUCAGUAUUCUUCAAAAUAAACAAUUUGAAAAGAA